CGUAGACUAAACAGUGUUACUAGUCAUUUAGGAAAUCUGUAUUUACAACAAUGACAGGAUUGAUGGUUGAUCUCUCAAACAUAGCAGAGCGAAUAUACUAAUAAUGGAUCAGUUAUUUUGGUUUUUCAGUAAUGCCAAGAUGAUGCCAAUACCAGAUAAUGAAGAUGUAGUGUGUUACCAUGUCAUCAAACACUCAUCGUGGAAGGGAAAAUACAAAAGGAUAUUCUCAAUUGGGACUCAUGGGAUCACCACGUACAAGCCCCAGAACUUGGAGGUCACCAACCGGUGGAUGUACGGAGAUGUUUUGGUACUCCGAGUUGCCCCAAACUCUCCCAACGAGUUUCUCAUACAGGCUCGCAAGGAGAACAAUAAGAAGGGAGACACGAUGCGUUUCUCAACAGAACAUCGGUCACAACUGCUGUCUGAGGCCUUUAAGUCCCGUCACAUCUUCCACGAGAAAUGGACAGAUACACAGAAGUACGAGGCAUUCAAGUACCACUGGUCAGGAACGCGGCUACCGGUUCAGUUAGAGGUGACACCAAUCUCAAUAGACCAGCUGGAUACUGCCACUGCCCAGGUGUUGGCAUCGUACUACUACAAGGAUAUCCAGGCCAUCCAACUGCUCAAGGACGUGCCUCAUGGAUUCAUCAUUGUCUGUGGUAGUUUCGGCCGCAAGCACAUGUUCAUCAGUCAAAACCGUGAUGAUGUCAUAAGAAAAGCUCAAGAGAAAGCUGCUUAUUUUUUAGCAAUUAAGCUUGAAGUGGAAACGGAAGAGAUCACGCUGGAAGAGUUUGCCAAUCAAAGAUUUGGAAAGUACAGUGAUGAUGAAUUUAUAACGUCCGUGGUGGAGUUCACCGUAGAGAAAAUACAGACGAACCGUCACUCGGACUCGGAGCGGCGACUGCUCUGCCUGAGUCAAGUGUGUCUGAUAGAGCGAGACCUGCAAACAUACAAUGCUGUGACGUUACGGCCACUCACCAACGUGACAGCACUGAUACGCUGUGACAACAACUCGCAGCUCUUCACCAUCGAGUAUGCUGAUGGCAGCUCAAAGACUUACCUCACCACGAACAGAGACUCCCUACUGGCCACUCUGUUAGACGGGGUGCGAGGCUCAGGCAACAUGGACGUACACGUCAAGAUGAAACCUACGGGCAGAGGGAAGAGAAUGGGGCCUUUUUACGUUGCCAUGGAGGAAGAGGUAGAAUCGCUACACAUGCAGUACCUGAGAGAGGUGCCUUGCAAGAGGUCGUUGUUUGAGAUGUUGGAACGUUUCAACACCAAUGUACCGUACAGUGGACUGAUACACCAGGUCACUCAGGAUGGACUUUUCUCAGACAACAAAGAAAAGGCGAUACAACAAACCAUGCAGGCCAUCAUGGAACGGGAGAUAGAUCCUCAAGACAUGGAGCCUGCUGAUCUAGAAGCAUUGUUCCACACCUUACGCAGACUGAUAGCUUCCAAGGCUGGCUUCAGCGCAUUCUCAACUCUCCGCGGAUUCCGGGAAGGGCUGGGUAACAUGGUGGUGAAGGCGUUGAAGAGGAACCAUGAAGCGAUCACACAUGCUGCCAUCGACAUGGUGUGUGCUCUGAUGAAGCCCAUGUACAGCGACUGUGAUCUUAGGCAAGAGCAGCUUAACAAGUCCUCAUUGCUGUCAUCCCCCAAGUUCCUGCAGAGCCUACUGGACAUGUGGGUCUCCCACGUGGAGUGUGGAACAGGCACUUUGGUGGUAACAGCCAUGCUGGAUUUCCUGACGUUUGCUCUGUGCGUGCCUUUUAGCGAGACGACUGAAGGUAAACACUUUGACACGCUACUGGAAAUGGUCGCUAACAAAGGGCGUACACUCUUUAAACUAUUUCAGCAUACAUCGCUGACGGUACUGAAGGGUGCAGGGCUGGUGAUGCGGGCGGUGGUAGAGGAGGGAGAGGCUACAGUGGCCAGCAAGAUGCAGGAACUGGCACUAUGUGAGGGGGCACUCCCGAGGCACCUGCUCAUCGCUCUGUUCACCAACAGCUCUGAGCAGCGACACCUGGCACACAGGCAACUCAGCAGACACCUUGUGGGGCUCUGGGUCACCGGAAACCCUGACGCCUUGGAUCUUCUGCACCGCUGUAUGCCCAUAGGUUUACUGCAGUACCUGGAGAGCAAGGACAAGGUGCCUGAUGGGGAAGCUGAGGAUGUGCUGCAGAUCCGUGAUAACCUCAAGCUGGCAUUGGAUCAUGCAGCGAAGACGCAACGCAACAAUAUAGCCAUCAAGCUUGAGAGACACAGAAAAAUACUGGAGAAACAUGUGGAGCAUGUCCUGCUUCACUGGGGGAAAACAUCAUUGAGCAGUACGCUGGGCAUCGAAAAGAAGGAAGAUAAACCAAGAGACCGACCUAUAGUUCUCCGAAAGAGACGCGAGAGAGUGAAGAUUGAAUCCAACUGGGCUCUCUUCUAUUACAUGUUCAACCACGACCACAAAAUGGCCAACCUCAUUUGGAAUCAUAAGACGAGAGAAGAAUUACGGGAGGCUUUGGAGAAGGAAGUACGUCUUUUCACUUCCGACAGAGACUUACCAGGGAACACUCUAAUUGCGUGGAACCACAGUGAGUUUGAGGUUUUCUACAACUCGCUCAGUGAUGAGGUUUCUAUUGACGGUUACUACCUCAACUUGCUACUGGAGAGAAAUUCUGUACCCGACUCGCUCACCAAAGAUGCACGAAAGUUUUUCAACAACCUUUACCACCGGUUUCUGAUCAACACCCGGAUGGAAAUGAAGUACACCUGUCUGCAGGUGAUGACAGUCGUAUAUGGUCACUACCACGAGGACAUUGGACCCUUCAGUGAUACUAGAUACAUUGUCACCAUGCUGGACAAGUGUGCUGACCGCAUGGAGAGAGACAGGUUGGUGCUGUUCAUCGAAAAACUGAUCCUUAACAAGCAGAACGUGAAGACUCUGCUGGACGCUCACGGUGUACAGACUCUGCUGGAUCUGGUUACUCUAGCCCACCUUCACACAUCCAGGGCUGUGGUGCCGACCCAGACCAACGUGAUUGAGGCAGGCCACGCCAUGGCGCAAGACAAUGAGAAGGAAUGGUACUACAGUGUUGGGACAGAGAAGAAAGGACCUUACACUUUUGCAAAGAUGAAGGAACUGUGGGCCAGUGGAGAACUGACGCUGAAGACCAAGUGCUGGGCCCAGGGGUUGGACUCGUGGCGACUACCACAGAACAUACCACAGAUCAAGUGGUGUCUGUUGGCCAAGGGUUCUCCUGUCAUGAACGAGUCUGAACUUGCCACCACCAUACUUAACAUGCUCAUCAAUAUGUGCCAAUUCUACCCCAGCAGAGACGAGGACGGGGCAGUGAUCUGGCCGAUACCACGUAUCAAGCGAGAGCUGAGUGGGCAGCAGUGCUUGCCUCACCUGGUCCAGCUGCUGCUUACAUUCGACCCCACGCUUGUCGAGAAGGUGGCAACACUGCUGUGCCUGAUCUCAGAAUAUAACUCACUCGCUGCGAGCCUCUACACUACCGGAGUCUUCUACUUCAUACUGAUGUACACCGGCUCUAACGUGCUGCCCAUCGCCAGGUUCCUGCAGAUGACUCACAUAAAGCAAUCCUUCAGGCUUGACGAGGUUAAUUCAUCGGAGCUGAUGCAGCGCAGUGUGCUGGGUCAGCUGUUGCCAGAGGCGAUGGUGUACUAUCUGGAAAAUCACGGAGCUGAGAAGUUCGCUCAGAUAUUUCUGGGCGAGUACGACACCCCAGAGGCCAUCUGGAACUCUGAAAUGAGGAGACUGCUGAUAGAGAAGAUAGCAUUACAUUUGGCAGACUUCACGCCAAGGUUGCGUGGCAACAAUCGAGCGCAGUACUCGUAUAUCGCCAUACCGGCCGUGCGCUAUCCGCAGUUGAAGAGCGAGCUGUUCUGCAACAUUUUCUACCUAAGACACUUGUGUGACACCACGCGCUUCCCUGACUGGCCCAUCAAUCAACCGGUGAGCCUGCUGAAAGAUGUGCUGGAGCUGUGGAAAAUGGAGGUGGAGAAGAAACCGCCAGAGAUGUCUGUAGACGAUGCCUACGAGGCACUGGAACUGGCCAGAGGGGAGCAUCACGAUGACGCAUCACUGCGCAAGUCCUACUACAAGUUGGCCCAUAAGUACCACCCCGACAAGAACCCUAAUGGAAAGGACAAGUUCCAAAUCGUGAACCGAGCUUACGAGUUCCUGUGCAGUAACAAGCAAGGAACAGAGAACGGUCCCAACCCUGACAACAUUGUGCUGAUUCUACAGACACAGAGUAUACUGUUCCACAGAUAUUCAACAGAGCUACAACCGUACAAGUACGCUGGUUACUCGCAGCUCAUCAAGACUAUCCAGCUGGAGACAGCUGACGCACAACUGUUCUCCAAGCCAGCUCUGCUGCUAGUUGCUGCCACGGAGCUCGCUUACCAUACCAUCAACUGUUCGGCCCUCAACGCCGAGGAACUCAACAGAGAGGGUGGCUUUCAGGUGUUAUUAGCAGCAUUUUCCCGCUGUGUAUCGAUCCUGAGUCGCUCGUCCACCCAGCGAGACAUGAACGUAGAAGUGUGCACACACUGUACUCGCUGCUUCAGUGCCGCCGCUCAGUUCCCAGCCUGUCGUUCCACAUUCCUUCAACUGCCACAGCUCAUCGACGAUUUGCUCAGGAUACUGCACUUCAAGAACCUGACAAAGCUGUGCUGUGAAGUAGCAGAGUGUGUGCGAAACAUUUCUGUGGACUCCAGACUUCAGGACGCUCUGCUGGACGCUGGAAUACUCUGGUACCUGCUCACUUUCCUCUUCUCCUAUGACUUUACACUGGAAGAGUGUGGCGUUGAACGCUCAGAGGACACUAAUAACCAGGAGGUGUUGAACCGGCUGGCCAAACUGUCAGUGCAAGCGUGUGCGAGGUUGGCUGGGUACGAACCAGACAGCCCUGACAAGCCUCUGGUCAGACAAGUGAUGAGUAAGCUGCUCACACCCUACCUCACUGACCUGUUUGCUGAUGAACACCCUGAAAAGGUGUUAAAGCUGCUGACCAGCAACAGUGAGAAUCCGUACUUGAUGUGGGACAACAGCACUCGAGCAGAGCUACAGGACUUCUUGGAGACUCAGUGUGCACAGCGAGAACACCAGCCACUUACAGACAUCCAGUUCUCGUAUUCGGGCCACGCUACAGAGCUGGUCAUCGGCAACGUGUUCAUUCGACUAUACAACAACCAGCCAGCGUUCCCCAUCAAGAAUCCAAAGGGUUUUCUGCUGGACUUGCUGGAGUAUGUGCGAUUGUACCAGCCAUCGCAGAGAGGUGAUGAGCCGAGUGACCCGGAGCGCAAUGACAGAGUAACCAUGGCUCUCCAGGCUCUCAGUAAUGUCAUCAACAGUAACCCUGGGCUGGAGAUCCAGUGUAUCGGACACUUCAGGCUUUUGUUCCCUCUAUUGAGUCUGGAGAGUUGCCGCAAUAUCCAGCAGUCGGCGCUGAAAGUCAUCAGUUCAGUCACCCGCAACCAGGAGUGUAUCAGUGACGUAGCUGCUUCCAACGUCCUGGUAUAUAUGCUACUGGCACUGUACACUAUCGAGGAAAGCCGCUCUGUGUGCCUGGACAUACUAUAUGCUCUGGUCUCCAACACAGCAGUUGUCAAAGAUCUCUAUGCCAAAGGUGGCUACAUCUACGUGCUGGAUCUGCUGUUCUCCGCAGGCGUUCCCGAGGUCCAGACCAAAUGUGCCGAGUUACUCGGGCGACUGUGUGCGGACAAGCUGUCAGGUCCCCGUGUGCGACUGGCCUUGGACAAGUUCCUACCCCCUGCUAUCUGUGACGCUCUACGUGAUAGCCCUGCACAAUGCCCCUCACUUCUUGACACCAAUCAGGAGAACCCUGAGCUUGUCUGGGAUGACGAGUCUAAGCGCAAGGUGGGCGCAGCCAUCGCCAGUCUGGCUAGACGGCACUACGCAGCGCAACGUAAGAGCCACGACGCCGUGUUGACGCUACCAGAUACCAGCAUCGUGGGCAUAAACAGCAAGGAGGUGAUGGUGGGGGGAGUGUAUCUGCGGCUGUUCAAUAACAACCCUGGCUGGCCACUGCGUAAACCCAGAGAUUUCCUCUCUAGUCUACUUGAUACUUCCAUCAAACAGCUCAACAAGGAUGGCACUGACUAUGAUCUACUUGAAGUGGUGGUGACUGCUCUGGUGAACCUGCUGCAGUCUCACCCUAUGUUGGCCGACCAGGUGCCUUCACUGGGUUACAUUCCCCGACUCUGUGUGCUCCUACAUUCACACCAUCCCCCUCAGGCCUGCCACGCCAUACUACGCAUACUGCACCAGCUGUCCAUCAGUGAUGUCUGUAUUGGUAGCAUGGGGCAGACUGAUGUGCUGAGGCCUAUCCAGAUGACCAUGAAGGAGAACGCAGAGUUGGUGGUACUAGGCUGUGACACUAUGGCGCGACUGUUCCUAGCCAACAAAGAUCCUCUCGUCAAGCAGGCGCUGGACGUAGAACUAGUGCCGUACCUGCUUGGGUUGCUCGAUGGACGGUUAGACAAGAUGGAACAUGCCGCCCGCAGUAAAGCACUGGUAGUAAAGGCCCUCAAAUCCAUGUGUCAGAGUGUAUUGUACGGGGCUCAGGUGUCGGCCAUUCUCAAUAACUCCCAGGUGUGGACCAACUACAGUCAGCAAAACCACGAUCUCUUCAUCACCAACGCACCCACACAGAAUUAUCUCACAGGAGUGCCGAUGACUGCAGGAUACCUAACACAAGGCAGUUCCCAGACACUACCCAACUCCCCCCCUCCCCUGGAGACGGACACCAGCUGAGACCUGCCCCCUCCACAUUCUCCUUUCCCCCUCCCCCUCGUCUGCUGAACCACCUUGUGAUAUCCACGCCCACCCAACCUGUGAUUUUGAGUGUACAGUGAUUUAUUUAGAAAUUAAGGGAACAUCCUAUUAAUUUGCUUACUAGUUAGGAAUUGAUUAAUUUUAUAAAUAUCGUCUUAAAGUAUGUGAAAUCGUUCUUUGUGUGACAAAGAAUCUGUAUAUCGCUAUGUUAUUAUUUUCUUGCUUAUUCUUCAUUAUAUGUAGUUUUUAUUUUAAUCUCUGUAUGUUUAUAGAAAGCAAUGCUUUACACUUACUGUAAUAUUGUAAUUCUUUUUAUGAAUUCAAUUAUAGAUUUGGUUAAUGUGUA